AUGCCUCCUUCAGCUAUCAUCGACGAGCCCAAGUUCAUUACAACUAUCAUCGGCGAGGUCAAACUUGCUCCUCCCAGCCUAUCAAAGCCAGGUGAAGCGGAAUUCCCUUCUGUCGAGUACUAUAAUCAUCUCGCCAAAGUCUAUGAGGAUGCCUUCUCUCACGAUGUCGGUCUUCAGGAAUUCAUUGAAAGAACACUCCUAGAACUACCAAACAACGCAAAGGUUCUUGAUGUCGGCUGCGGGACUGGAAAACCCGUAUCAUGUACCAUGGCAGCCCAUGGCCACAAUGUUCAUGGUAUUGAUCUAUCCAGCGCUAUGAUCGAACUGUCCCUCAAGUGCGUCCCCACUGCCUCAUUCGAACAAGCAAACAUGCUGGAAUAUACACCACGAUUUCGGAAUAACACGCCUGACAUCGACAUUAUCUUCGCCAUCUUCUCCCUCUUCUGCUUAACGCGCCAAGAGAUGACAACCAUGGCAUCGAAAAUGUUCGAUUGGCUCAAGCCAAAUGGACUCCUAUGUGUGGGUACGAUAUGCGCCGAAGACUUCGAAACAACAUCUUCAAUGUAUGAUGCGGAUGGAUUGUGCGCAACAGAUGUUGAGAUGACGUUCAUGGGAUCCAGAUGUUCUUCCAUGACGGCCUUCACAAAGCAGGGUUGGAGAAAUGUGAUUGAGGAAGCUGGGUUCGAGAUCAUUCAUACGAAGAGUAACUUGUUCGUGCCGCGACCAUCCCCAGGUGUGGCUUCGGAUGAUGAGAUGCACUAUUUUAUCAUGGCGAGGAAGAUGUAG